CCUUUCUGAAACAGAGCAGCGAGAUCAGCGUCGCACUCUGUCAACCGAACGAAGUCUGGGCGUUUUCCCCGUGUCAAACCUUCAGAAAAAGUGACACAUUGCGAAAGACUGAGGUUCGCGUGCCUUUUUCAACUAUACCGGGAGACAAAAGGAAUCUGCUUCACCGACGACGAACUGAAAGCGAUCUCUGGGGACAUUCUACGUGUUCACAAACGCACUUUCAAAAUCACAUCUCAAGUAGCCUACUUUUAAGUUUACCGGACGCCUCGACCGUCUGGUAUGACUCUGUCGUGUCCCUGAUCAAGGCGCUUUUGGAAAGAUUUGGACACUUUGACUCAGGAUUCCUUGAGGCGGAAACUUUUCCGAGGAGGAAAGCAGCGCGGCAGCAACAGACGCAACAGGUUGAGCGGUUGAGUGGCGCCGGAGCGAUAAAACCAUGCCGAGCAACAGCCAAGACCUGCGCCCCAGAUUGUGUCUUCUCGACAAGGGGGAUAAUGGCUACGGGUUCCAUCUGCACGGCGAGAAAGGCAGAACGGGCCAGUUUAUUCGGUUAGUGGAGCCCGACUCCCCCUCGGAGGUCUCGGGGCUACGUGCAGGCGACAGACUCGUGUUCGUGAACGGCGAAAACGUGGAAAACGAGAGUCACCAGCAAGUCGUCUCGCGGAUACGGGCCACCGCAGGCAAGCUCGAGCUCAUCGUGGUCGACGUGGAGACCGAGCAGCUGUUGCGAAAGCACAACCUGCGAUGCCAGAAAGAGUUCGUCACGGAGGGCAUCCCGGUGCCCCCGUCCGACUCGCAGAACGGCGACGCGGAGGAGAAAGUCUCGAGCGCAUCGGAAAAUGGCACCCCGAGAGAGUCGACGCCGGUCCCUGACAACAACGGCGAGCUUGUGAUCCCGGAGGAGAAGGGGAAGAAGCUGAGUGUAAGCUCCGAGAAGGAUGUGAAGAAUGCCCUGCGGCCUCGGCUGUGUGUGAUUGGGAAGGGCCAGAGCGGCUACGGCUUCAACCUGCACAGCGAGAAGACCCGCCCUGGACAGUAUGUCCGCGCAGUGGACCCCGACUCACCUGCAGAGAGAGCUGGACUUCUGCCCAGAGACCGCAUCAUCGAGGUAACCAAUGGUGUGAAUGGGAGGCAGCAUUCCCAGGUGGUCUCUCUCAUCAGGUCGGGAGGAGAGCAAACCACUCUGCUGGUGGUCGACCCCGACGCCGAGAUCUACUUCAAGAGAUGUGGAUCCACCCAUCCCACGGAUCACCUCACAGGACCCCUUCCAGAGCCAGUUACCAACGGAGAUAUGGAAGACAAGGCGAAUGGAAAAGUUGCUGAGAAGGCGGAGCCUAAGGUGUCAGUCAGCCCCUCUCCAUCCAAUGCGUCCUCCAACGCCUCCCUCUCCACCCCUCCCACCAGCACUCCUCCACCAGAGGUGUGUGAGUCGGUCCCAGGUGAGAUCCCUGCUCUGAGCAUGUCCCUUAAGCAGGUGAAGGAGCUGGCGCACCAGAAACGCAUGCAGAAGAAAGCGCCCCAGAUGGACUGGAGUAAGAAGAACGAGCUCUUCAGCAACCUCUAGGGCAUCGGCACACACACACACAGAGACACACACACACACACAGGCACCCACUCACACACACACACAGAGACACACACACACACACACAUACACACACACACACACUUACACACACAUUAUAUUCUUGCUAGAAAGGAUUUGGGGAGAUUAAAUCUUCAAAAGGGUGAAUCUAAACAUAUAAAGUAUAUAUAUAUGUAUGUAUACAGAUCAAUAUUGUAUUCAGAAAAGUUUUAAUUUUACUAACAAAAUUUAGAUGAGUCAGUACAGAAAAAAACAAUUAUUUUAGAGACAAUGAUAGUCCUAUAGUGUGAAUGGAAGAGAAUCGUUUGAAAAUGUCAUUUUUGUCGUGUCCCAGAUUGAGCAAAAUGUGGAGGAAGUUUGUGCUCAGAAGCUUCUGAUUUAGAACUGUUCUGUGUGUGUUUGUUUAUUCGUUUCCACAUGAGUGUGUGUGUGUGUGUGUGUGUGUCCCUGCUGGUCAGAGAGCUCAGUGCCUGGAGACUAGAGAUGGUGAAGUGUGUGUGUGUGUGUGUCUGUGUGUGUUACACACCCCCCUCUACUGUAAUUUAUUCAGUUGUGUGUAUUUCCACUGAGUGUAGUCCGGACUCUUAGCUGAGACGGGUUAUAUUAGCAGUUAUGGCAGUUAACAUUUCACCUUUAAGGGACCAAAACUAUGUUUAUAAGGGCACAAUCAGUCUUACCUGUGUGUGUGUGUGCGUGUGUGUGGUCCAUCAGUAGGUAUUUGUUCUUGGUUGGCAAUCUGACCUGUCUACCCUGCUGAAAAAAAAAAAUGGAGGCCAGCACAGAAAUGGUGUUUACUUCAAAUAGCACAUGGUGGUGUUUUCCAGCAUAUUCCUUUCAGUCGUGCAGAGACUGGGAUAUAAAGACCAAGCAAGAUCUCUGUGAGUCUCCAUUAUUAUCAAUGCAAUUGUCAUUAUAACCACUAAAAUAGUCCAUUUUCUGGGGUGAGUUCUGUUGUUUGAGUCCCAUCAGAGAAGGCCUGGCUGAGAGCCAACACACAUCGACGUCGAGUCCGACACGAGAGCGCCGGAACUUCCUGUCACUUGCCCACGCACACCAGUGCCGGAAUGUUCAACUGACCAGCAUGUGACAAACAAUGGAGUUUUACCGAGCCGCACCGACAUCAUUAGAACCCAAUCAUACUGCACCAGGUGGAGGCAAAAGGCCUGAGUGCAGUUGUGUCGAACACAAUGCAGUCUUAGUAAUGGAACAUGGAAAGUGGUGUGUGCGGCACUAAGAUUACGUUCCGCAACAUUUCAAGGUCCUAAAAUUCUAUGUAGAACUCAAUGAACCCAGAUAUUCUUUAGAACAUUCAUUUUCCAACAUUCCCUUUAAGGGUUAAGCAGUUCUGCGUUAUGUGGCUGAAGUUUGGAAAUAAAGGGUGCUGGUCAGAGUGGUUUUGAGUAGAGAGGAUGCGAACAUUCCAUUGAUCUGUCAAGAAGAGAGUAUCAACAUUACUGCAUUUAGAAUGUAAGGGACAGCAGUCCUUUGUGAUGUCACAGAUGACAGAAAUGCUGUGUUCCAAGGUUGGAACAGAAUUCACCUCCAUUCCAAGCUCUUUGACAGACCCCAGACCUACUGUCCAGUCGGUCACUGUGUUUCGUAGCUUGUGUCUUUGGCUUUAAAUAUGGAGCAGAUGUAUUGAAUGCAGAAUGCGUUGUAGGAAGGUAGGGCAGUUUACAGGAAGAGGGUGUUGAUUGGGAGCUGAUUUGGUCAGUCAGGGCUCAGAUCAGUGUGGCCUUCGCUGUGAAGACUGAGGCAAAGUUUUGAUACAUUGGGAUAUUGUUCUUGUUGUGUGUGUGUGUGUGUGAGUGUGUAUGUCGAUUUUUGUAGGAAAUACAGUCAAUUGUUUGUGUGUGUAUGUGUGUUGGAUUAACUGAAAAUUGGAACUGGACCAGACUGAAGCCACUGUGAGAGGGUGGUGUGUGUGUGUGCGUGUGUAUGGGAGAGAGAGAGAGGGAGAGAGAGCUACAGGCAUCGGACAGGGACUCCUUCAUCUGCCAUGUGUGUGUGUGUGUGUGUGUAACUGUGCUUAAUUUCUUUUGGUUUCAUACACACCAAUUGUAUUGGGAAAGAUAUCAUUCCAGCUGUAGCCUUGUGUCAAAUGACCAUGAUGAAGAUGAUGAUGAGGAUGGUGUGGGAUUCGUAAUUUGCCUGUGAGUUUUUAAGCACAUCUGUCUUUGUGUUGUUUUUUUCUACCUGGGACACUUCGCCACAGUGUUGCUUUGACCCCUACCACUCCACGACCUUUGACCCCAACCACUCCAUGACCUUUCCCCUUUGAUCCCCAGCAAUGCGCUGUGUUCUCAUUGGCUCAUGUGGAUGCUUGUGUGUGAUUCUUACAGUAAUAAACGUCUCAGAUCAUCAACA